GAGUCUCGUUUUCUGCUUGGAUCACCGUGGCAACUAAAUAAAAAAUAAUUGUUUCAUAUCCUGGACAACCUGAUGGAAGACGUCGUCAAGACAAACUAAAUGGUAGCCCCACAGAGAGGCGUCCCCAUCAGCUAAAUUAAAGUGUCGAUUGGAGGAUUAGUUGACGGUCAAGAAGAAGUGUUGGUGUAGCAAAUAGCAAUGAGUACUCAACCGCUGUUGGGAACAGUAAAGGAAUUAUUUUCAUUGAAUUGUCAGCGACCCGAACUGGAAUGUAAAUAUGUAAACAUGAAUUUUGUUUAUGUAUUGACCCUACAAUACGUUGUCUUUACGAUGCUUCUGUGAAGAAAAUAUUUCAUGUGAUAAGCUUAAAACUAUGGAGAACGGAGAUGAUGAGAUUGGAGAUGACAUAUUUGAACAAAAUAUGCAUGAAAUUGAUGAGCGUGAGACACCAAGAUGGGAAAUGUCUGAGGAAGAACCUGAUGAAGUGGAAGAACAAGCAAAAUUGUUGAAUUGUAAGGAUCGGCCAAAACAACAAGUAAAACAGAAUUCAACUAAAGGGACAGAGGCUGUUCAAAAUGGACAUAAAUGGGAUGAUGAUGCAGAAAAGGACUCUGUAAAGGAUUUUACAGUACAUUAUCGUGAACAAGAAGAAAAGUACAUGGAAAGAACUGAUGAGGCAAUUGUUAUCCGUGCUGCUGAGGAACGUAUACGUCAGCCAAUUCCUUAUGAUGAUGUAGAUUCAGUAAAGAAUUUUGAGAGUGAAGGUAUUAGUCGCAUACCAUCUGAAGAACAGCUGUGUCUAUCACCCCCCUGGCCACUGGGAUAUCCAGAGGAAGAUGGGAUAGACUUAGAGGGUGAUAAAAUUGCUGGUGUUGCACAAAAUGAAACAAAAGGCUUUCAUGUUGAUAAUAUGAUAUCACAAGCUAAGUUAAGAGCUGAUGCCAGGAUUGGAACUACAGCUUGGCAAGAGGAGGAUGCAAUGGAUUUUACCAGGAAUUAUGCAGAGGAGGGUUCUUUGGAACUUUCUUGCCGUCCUUCUUCUGAAGAUAUAUCUCUGACACCACCGUGGUUAGAUACUGAUAAAGAAUCUUCCUGCAAGGAUGGUGAAGAACAAGUGAUAGAUGACAAUGAACUGCCAUCUGAUGAUCCACCAACAACUACAGCAAUCCUCUCUAGUACACCAACAACCACCCAUACCCAGGCACCACUAAAACCAGACCUUAUUCCCUCUGUACCAAGCAAACCAUUGACUGAACCCACACAAAACCUUCGUGCUGUCGAAAGUGGAACUUCUGCUAAACCAGAGCAACUUCCUGUGCAGAGACGAACACUCCAAGCACCAAGUUCUGAUCGAAAUAAUAUAGUAAAUUCUGCAACCAGGCCUCCACAAACGAGAGCUUAUGGUGAUCUUUACAAUAACGCCAGAUACCCAUCACCUCGAUACGCUGGUAGUGAACCUUACUACGAUUCUUCCAACAUGGCGGCUAUGUCUUCAUAUCCGUUAAACCCACCCUACACUAACCGUCUCCCAAAUACACGUAUGUCGUAUACUGGGCCUCGUUCUGGUGGAGAAUUCGUACAACAAUCCAGUCUAAAAUCAUUCAAUGGCAUGCCAGCUUUCAAUCCUCGACAAUUUCGACCAAGACCUCAAGGGAAUCCUAAUAGAUCCCAAGUAAACCCAAACAAUCCUUCAUAUUCUAAUAUAUCUCGUCCCUACCCUGGAGGCUACUACAACCCACGUGCACAACGUGGUGUAAAAUCACCACCUCGUCUGCCGAUAAACAGAUAUGAUUCACCUUACUAUGGUGGACACUCCGGUAAUUGGCAAUAUCAAGUCAGACAACCUCAAAUACCAAUUCAGCACCAACCUCCUCUACACAACGCUGAUGAUUUUGCUGAAGAUGAAGUGAUCAAUUUCGCCCCAGGGGCACAACGGAACAUACCUCCUCCAGAUCGACCCAGAGGGGGGCCUGUACCUGAAAUACAUCGAAAAAUACCCCCCUCAGAACACCAGCGGGGAUACCCAGCCCCAGAGGUCCUAUCUGUUUCUGGUGGUGUUCCCGACUUCCAUCCUGAUGCUCGUCGUGAUCUCUCGUCAUCUGACGGUCGCCGAGGUAUGUCACAUGAUCACCAACGUGUUAUAGCAGGACAUCAACUUGAUUUUCCAGCAAACAUACCUGACACAAGCGUCUACUCUGACUUUCCCGACGACAUCACGACAGUUUCCGAGAGUGACAUCAGCCCUGUGAUGUCAACAUGCAGUGGAAGUCAAUCAAGUCUUGCUGUUUACUGUUCCACGCCGCAUCGAGAUGGGAUAGAAACAGCUAGUGUUAUGAGUUUUACGAGCGAAGGAUCCACACACCAAGAUUUAGAUUCGCAAGUUGAUCAAAUAAGAAAUCUUUUAGCGGUGAUCAACACGAAAGAUGCAAGAGAAACAGCGCAAACAUUAUAUAGUCUUUCAACAUCCAAAGAACACUGUCAAGCAAUGAGGUUAUCUGGUUGUCUCCCUCUUCUGAUCGAACUUCAGCACAAGUCAAAAUUACGAGACCCACGUGUUGGUCACGAGGUUCGCAUGAGGUCUGCGCAAGCAAUGAGGAAUAUUAUCACGGCAGGAAUGGAAGAUAAACGUGGAAAACGCGAACGUCGCGUGUUGAAGUUAAUAGAAAUCGUUCGUUCUUAUUGUAUCGAAGUUCGUUAUUUGCGUAGCGUUCCGAGCUCGUCUAAAUUGCGUGUCCUUGAUACCGCGUUGGCAGCCAUUAUGAAGUUCUCUUUUGAAGAGGAGCAUCGCGUCGCUAUUGGAGAUCUGGGGGGAGUGGAAGCUAUUGGGGAAUUCAUGGAACUUAGUUGUCUCAACAAAGAUCAUUCAUUGAGUUCUAACGUUCGUAAAUACGCCUCGAUGACUCUCACAAAUAUGACGUUUGAAAAAACCCGCAGCAAGGCGUUGCUUGGCAACUCACAAGGUAUUGUUAAGGCUCUGCUUAAAAACUUGAGUGUGUAUGAUGACGAGGGUCUUAUACAAGUCUCAGCAAGCGUAAUUCGGAAUCUUUCCUGUAAAUCCGACGAACGAAGUAAGCUUGUCCUGCAAGAAUGCAAUGCGGUCUCAACCUUGAUGACUGCAGCACAAAAAGUCAGCGGCGAAUCCACUUUACGCCCGAUACUUUAUGCAGUCUGGAAUCUAUCAGCUCAUAGCUCGGAGAACAAAGUUCAAAUAUGCGAAACUCAUAAAGCGCUUGCUUUUCUUGUUGAAAUGUUGGCUUAUAAAAGUCCCAGCAACUCUCUUUCUGUUGUCGAAAGCAGUGGAGGAAUCUUACGAAAUCUCUCAUCACAAAUCGCAGUGAAACCCGAGUACCGCGCGAUAUUACGUGAACACGAAUGUUUUAAAAUGUUACUCGCUAAUAUGCGUUCUCCAAGUUUGCGUGUUAUUGGCAACGCGUGCGGUAUAUUAUGGAACCUGUCAGCGCGGUGCGAACAAGAUCAAGAGAUUCUUCUUAAAAUGGGUGCAAUGGCCGUACUUAAACCAUUUGUCAGUUCCAAGAAUAAGUCAAUAUCUAAAGGUGCUGGCGCCGCAAUCAAGAACCUACAAAAUUAUAAAACUUUAAAUCCUUCUCGGAGUUCUCCGUCACAGACUCGGAAACAAAACGGUAUUCUUCGGCAAGAAAACGGAUCACCGUCAACACCUCGAACCAAGGGAAGAUCACGUGAUGCACAUUCGUUGAAUAGUUUUACUGGAAGCGCCGACGAUAUGAAAGAGACUGGAAGACAGAAUUCACGCACGAAGGAGAAUGGUGAAACAGAUUCUGGAUACAAAACAAAAGGUGUGAGAUGGUCUGAUGACAAAAGAAAAGAUCGAAAGCCGUCUUCAAACGAUCGGAAACGAAGUGACAGUUCCCUAGAUGAUCAAGCUGCGACAUCACGAGAUCAGAGCACGAAGGAUGUUAUUAAUGAUCUCACAAGUAGUGUUGGACAACUGCGUGUGGGGGAAAAGUCCCGUGGGAAAAAAUCCGAAGCUUCUUACUCUUCUCCACGAACGAAAAAGAAAUCAUCUUCAAAAACUAAAAAACAUUCUGGAGGCGACGACCUGAUCGACGAUAAUUUGAGGUUGUCGCAGGAGUCGCAAUUAAACCGUUCCACAUCGGGUCGUCAAAGUUCGGCAAAUGGUCGGCGUAACACGUCGUCUGACAUACCACUCUCGGAGAUCCCUGCAAAACAUUCUGCGAAGGCGACAAAGGGUAAAGAGGGACGCAAGGGGACAGGUGGUCGUGAUGAUUGUCUAGAAGUAGCACGUUCUGGUGACGAGUGCUCACGAAGCUCUCCGAUAUCGGGACGACACAUCGUGAGAACUGCUCGCUUUGACUCCGAAGAAAACGAUCGUGAUCUGAACGACGAAAAAGGUGCAAGAGAUUCACUGCGUUGCCAAUGCCCUGACGACUCCGAGGUUUGGAUCAAGAGAAAUAAAGUCUGUAGUCAUUGUCAGAAAAGACGAAUUUCUCACUCCUCAGAUUCCACAAGCGGCUCUCGCCGAAGUUCAUACGAGUCUUUGUCGUCUUCAAACCGGCAGCUCAAUCGGAAGGAACCGUUGACUAAUGGGACAGGCUACGUAACCACAAUAUAAGAUCUUGUAGUGUAAACGGGUUUCCUUGAAAUUGAGAGGGUCUGUGUGACAGACUGACAAUAUCUGUUGAAUCUUGUUGAUGAGAACUAAUAAAAUAUGACUUUAUUGCGACUGAGAUGAUUCUUUCACACACGAUGUAAUUGUCAGAGGAUCAGAAUCUGCCACAUGGCUCUAAAUGAGAUUUGUCUCUGUGAACAUUAAUAUUUUAACUUUUUAAAGAUAUACUUUUAUGGAUAAAACCCAGGCUACUACAAUACACGGUUGCUUUAAAAAAAACAUAUCUUAU